AUGUGCCAUUACUUCUGGUUGACGUGCGACGGUUUCAGCGACCUAGUCUUCGCGCUGGACCUGGUCGUCCAGCUACGUACAGGAUAUUUGGAGCAGGGGCUCAUGGUAUACGACUCGAAAAAGCUAGCAAAACAUUAUCUUAGCUCACGCCCGUUUCUACUAGACAUCGCCUCUUUGACCCCAUUAGAUCUUCUCCAGUUGAAGAUUGGCACAAAUCCCAUCAUCCGAUUCCCCAGAUUUCUUAAGGUAUACAGAGCAGUAAGCUGCUACUACAUAGUGGAGUCCAGGACGGUAUAUCCGAAUUUCUGGAGAGUCAUCAACCUCAUCCAUAUCCUGCUCAUCUUAGCACACUGGUUCGGGUGCUUCUACUACUUGCUCUCGGAAGCUGAAAAAUUCCAGGGUGAUUGGGUCUACCCAUACCGUCCUGGAGAAUACGCCACCCUUACCAGGAAGUAUCUUGGCUCCCUGUACUGGUCAACCCUCACUCUCACCACCAUAGGAGAUCUGCCAACUCCUGAAACCAACGCCGAGUAA